AUGUCCGGCCCUCACAACUACACUUUUGCCAUGCAAAAGUACCUCCUCUUGCAAGAGCAACACGCCGAGCUCAGCACCCACCUCGAGCAGAUUCGCCCGCGCCAAUCCUCCCUCUGCAGUGGCGCUUCCACCGCCUCGUCCCCCGACUCGUCCCCCAAUCGCGCCGAGCCCUCUCUCUCGUAUCCCGUCACGAGAUGCUCGCCGCGCAAGAGAUCGCGCAGCGGCCAGGCGCGCUGCUCCGGCUGGGCCGCCGACGGUCGCCGCGGAUCCGCCGUUCUCGACACCAUCCCCGACGAGGAGACGAUGCAGGUGAUCUCCGCCGAGGAGCGCCGCCUCUUUGACGUCAACGAAAGCAUCAAGCGCGCCCUCACCGAGAUGCUCAACUGCGACAUUGUCCGUGCCGACAGCUCCAUGCGCAUGUGGACGCAGACCCGCCUCAUGGAGGCUGAGAAGGAGCUGCGCUCUGGCCGCCGCCGCCGCAGCUCGCCCUGCCGACAAUAA